CACGCACGCACGCAGCAGCCCCUUCUUUUUGGUGGUAAAUUCACUUUCUCUUCUCUUCUCUUCUCCCCCCCACUGGACUGCACCUGUUCACCUGGAUACACAGCAUCACGUGAGCCCUUACUCAUAGAGAAGGAGAGAUUGUUUGGGAGGGGAUUAAAAAGAAAAGAAAAGUGUCCAGGCUUUUUUUUUUUGUGAGGUGAAGACUUUGGCACAGGGUCUCGGGAGCGAUGGCGUCUGCACCCUCCUCCUCCUCCACCACCACCACCACCUCCUCAUCCUCCACCACCAACGGCGGCGACGCGGAUCCCAACUCGACACAUUUACGACCACCGGGCUCAAGCUAUGAUGCUUGGUGUGGAGUUGCACAUGGAUGUACUAGGAAAUUGGGAAUGAAGAUAUGUGGAUUGUUGCAGGGCACCAACAGUCUGGAGGAGAGGAGCAGGAUCGUGGGUUCCCUCAAGGAGCGCGCGGCCAAGAACCUGAUGUCCUGCGAUAACGGCGGCGGGGACGCGCACUUCAGACGCACGGAGACGGACUUCUCCAACCUGUUCGCCAGAGAUCUGUUGCCUGCUAAAAAUGGAGAAGAGCAGACCAUGCAGUUCUUGCUGGAGGUCGUGGAAAUCCUCACCAACUACAUCCGGAAGACCUUCGACCGGUCCACCAAGGUCCUGGACUUCCACCACCCCCACCAGCUGCUGGAGGGCAUGGAGGGCUUCAACCUGGAGCUGUCCGAGCAGCCCGAGUCCCUGGAGCAGAUCCUGGUGGACUGCAGGGACACCCUGAAAUAUGGAGUGAGGACAGGCCACCCCAGGUUCUUUAACCAGCUGUCCACUGGAUUAGACAUCGUCGGGCUGGUAGGAGAGUGGCUCACCUCCACAGCCAACACUAACAUGUUCACCUAUGAGAUCGCCCCUGUCUUUGUUCUCAUGGAGCAGCUGACACUGAAGAAGAUGAGAGAAAUCAUUGGCUGGCCUGAAGGAGAGGGUGAUGGAAUAUUUUCUCCAGGGGGAGCGAUCUCCAACAUGUACAGUGUGAUGAUUGCCAGAUACAAGUUCUUUCCUGAAGUCAAGACCAAAGGCAUGGCAGCUGCACCCAGACUGGUCCUCUUCACCUCAGAGCACAGUCACUACUCCAUCAAGAAAGCCAGUGCAGCAUUGGGCAUUGGAACAGAGAACCUGAUCCUCUUGAAGACAGAUGAGAGAGGGAGAGUCAUUCCUGCUGAUUUGGAAGCCAAAGUAAAAGAGGCCAAGCAAAAGGGGUACGUUCCAAUGUUCGUGAACGCCACCGCCGGUACCACCGUCUACGGAGCCUUUGAUCCCAUCAAUGAAAUUGCAGACAUCUGCGAAAAGUACAACAUGUGGCUUCACGUGGAUGGAGCCUGGGGAGGAGGUUUGCUGAUGUCCAGGAAACACAGACACAAGCUUAACGGAGUUGAGAGGGCCAACUCAGUCACCUGGAACCCUCAUAAGAUGAUGGGAGUGCCACUGCAGUGCUCUGCCAUUCUGGUCAGAGAGAGGGGAUUACUUCAAAGCUGCAACUCCAUGUCUGCAGGCUACCUCUUCCAGCCAGAUAAACAGUACGACACAACAUACGAUACCGGCGACAAGGCCAUCCAGUGCGGGCGGCACGUGGAUAUCUUCAAGUUCUGGCUAAUGUGGAAGGCAAAAGGAACAGAAGGAUUUGAGCAGCACAUUGACAAGUGCCUGGAUCUGUCAGCGUACCUCUACGAUAAGAUCAAAAACAGAGAGGGCUUCAAGAUGGUGUUCAACGGAGAGCCGCAGCACACCAACGUCUGCUUCUGGUACAUACCACCGAGCCUGCGAAGCUUCCCUGAUGAUGAGGAGAAACGUGAGAGAUUACACAAGGUGGCCCCAAAGAUCAAGGCCCUGAUGAUGGAGUCCGGGACCACCAUGGUGGGUUACCAGCCACAGGGAAACAAUGUCAACUUCUUCCGCAUGGUCAUCUCCAACCAUGCCGCCACCAGGUCAGACAUCGACUUCCUCAUCGACGAGAUGGAGCGACUGGGGAAUGACUUGUAAGCGCCAACCCUGUAAAAUAAAACCCCUCUGCUGAGACAUCUGGUGAGCCCUGAGCUUGGCUUUAUGUCCCUUUUGUUUUAUACAGAUGUUGAGUUUUGUUGUAUUUGCUUACAAUGCACAUUGAAUAAUAAUAUGCCCUGUGUGUCACUUCUCUGUCUCUUUCUGUCUUUAGCAGCAACGAUAUUGAAAACAUUUGCACAAGCGGGUGUGGGAGUAAAAAGCUUGAGAGAAUCACACGAGCACACUGUUAUUCUUGCCAAACAAUUCAUAUGUAUAAUGUCAGAGUGAUGAGUCGGACGCAGGUUCCUCUUCACCUAAAUGUGAAAAAAGCAAGAAUACCUGAGCACUUGGAUGAUUCUGUCAAUGAGCAGGUAUAGAAAUGUAAUUUUACUGUUGUACUAUAUGAAAAUCACGAUUGAAAACAGAACAAUAUCAAAAUAUUUUUUCACAAGUAAUAGAGCACAAUAUAGGGAACCUCAAAGAAUUGACAUAAAUAGUAUCAAUGUAAAAUAUGAAUAUAUAUAUGAUGUUAUGAGUGUUGGUGCUUCAUGUGGUCUAUGUAAUUAUCAAGCACCGCCAAAUUGUACCCUAUAGCUGUUAUUUGAUAUUACAUAAGUGGGGAUAUAUAACACACUCAUUGUAGCAGGUACUGUGCUGGAGUGCUGUGUUUUUAGAGAUUUUUGUGUAGAUUGUGUAUAGUAUUGUUACAUUGACUUUGUGCCAAAUGUGUCCGAGUUUUACGGUGAGAAAAAAAUCCUAUAUGUAAAUCAACCACGCGGUAGAGUAUGAAAUAGAGGAAUAACUUUAUUUAUAUGGAGAGAUUAUAAUUGUGAAUAGGUUAUCUGCUCUUCUGUUCCACUUGUUAUGUACUCUGUAGAAUUAUCACAAUGUUACCAUUAACAUUGAAGUCUUUUAGUGUAUCUGUGAACCAAAGAAGGGUUGAGUUACGUUCAUGAACAUGCACACCACCCUCACUCACCCUUAUGGAUGAAUUCAGAUGUUUAUAUAAGAACACUUUGACUUACCGCCCCUUAAACUUUAGUGCAAUCUAUGUUGUGUAACUGUGCAAUGUCGUGAUUACCUGAUUGAAUGUUGUCCAGACUUUUGGCUCGAUGUGGGAGGCUUGACUGCCAGUGCGGCUGCUGCCGCUGCUGCUGAUAAGAAGCACAAUGCUAAACCAUGAUGGUGGGUUAGCUUAUGUCCUAGGCACAUAUGAUUGUCUGUACCAUACUGUGUUAAUUGGAGGGAAACUAUAAUAUGCAAAAUUUUUGUUUUUACAUUUUUACAUUUUUAUGUUGAGGAUACCGGGGAUUAUUUUUUUUAAAGAACUUUGCUUGAACCAUUCAAUGCACAGUGUUUGCUACUGUAAGAAGAUUUAUUGAACAGAUGCACAUUCCUGAAUUAGCGGGAUAAAAGUGUCCCUUGUCUAACUCAAUGUAGGCACUUUAACUUCAUGCCAUCAUCUGCAGAGUAUCACUGAUGCAUCCACAGCGCUACUAAAGACGAUUUCGCAGUUUGUGAUUAUGGACCUUUGACCUAAUGAUUAAGUGAAUAAAUCUUUGCUUUUGGCUGACAUUACCUUUACUUUUCCAUAGAUAUCUGCUCCCCUAAGUGUGCCUGGUUCUUUUUCAUCAAGAUCGAUGAAUUGUUUCUUGGAAAUCUGUGAAAAUGUAGAAAAAAAAAAAGAAGCCCUUUUUUGCAUUGUUAAAGAAAGUGAUUCUGGAAAAUGUAAUGGUCUCUUUCCUGAUUCAUAGUGCAUCCUUCCACCAAGUUUCAUGGAAAUCCAUCCAGUAGUUUUUGAAUAGUCAUGCUUACAAACAAACCAACAAACAGGGACCAGGGUGAAAAGGUAAAGCAUAAGAAUAAGAAUAUCAUAAAGCCUUGUUAAUGAACCAAAUAAAAAGAUGUUUUAUGUGUCA